GCCUAACUCCCUGUUAAGUGGGGUGUAUUCUUAUAAAAGCAAAAGGCUCCUUCAGUGGGUAUCAGUGCAACAUUAAGUGUUCAGUGUUACAGUCAUGAAGUUUUAUAUUGCAGUCCUCGCCCUCACCGCUUCGGUUCUAGCUAGCGAGCCAGAACCAAGCAAAGUGGUUCAAAAGAGAAGUGGCCUCGUCGGACAUUAUGGCGGACUUGGGCAUGGCUAUGGUGGAUACUCAUCGGGUAUCGGAAUAGGCAGUGGAUACGGUUUGGGCAGUUACGCAAGCGGCAUCGGAGGAUAUUCUAGCGGUAUUGGCGGAUAUUCUAGCGGUAUUGGCGGAUUUGGAAGCGGCAUCGGUGGAUAUGGAAGCGGAAUUGGAAUUGGCGGGGCCAUAGUAGGCGCUAACGUACACACAACUGUUACUAAACAUGUUGGUGUACCAGUUCCCGCUCCAUACCCUGUGGCUGUUGAUAGACCUGUAGCUGUGCCUGUUAAGGUUGCCGUGCCUGUACCAGUGGACCGUCCCUACCCGGUUGCCGUUCCCAGACCUUACCCAGUGACUGUGGAGAAGCACGUUCCAGUACCAGUAGACAGGCCAGUACCAGUGCCCGUUCCUCAUGCUGUACCCUACCCAGUUGUGAAACAGGUUGGUGUACCAGUACCAGCUCCUUACCCCGUACCAGUAGCUAAGCCAGUGGCUGUUCCUGUACCCCAUCCAGUUGCGGUUCCAGUGUCUUCUGGCAUCAUCUCCUCAGGAAUCGGCUUAGGAUACUCUGGCGGCUACGGAGGUGGUUACGGAGGUGGUUACGGCGGUGGUUACGGAAGUGGUUACGGAAGUGGUUACGGAAGUGGUUACGGAGGUUCAUACGGAGGUGGAUAUGGCAGUUCGUACGGAGGUGGAUACGGAGGUAGCUAUGGCCACAAGAUCUGGUAAAUGGUCGAACCUGGUUAUUGGAAGAAAAUCGAAAAAUAAUUUCAAAGCAAAUAUUUAAACUUCAAAGCUAUAUUUCGGAUCUAAACGUUGAAAAUAAUUUUUAGUUUACUUGACUGAUCCAAUAACCAGAAAGGUGGUGUUAGAGGCUAUAGUCACUUUGUGAUCUAGGUUAUAUGGGAGAGGGCGUGCAAUGUAAACAAAAUAAAUAUAUAUUAAUAUUUUAAAAGUUCUACGAUAGUUUGAGAAAUCUUCAGAACUUUAGCUUUCCUGCCAAUAUCUGUUUUAUCUGUUUGUAUUCUGUGUAAAUGUUUUUGUUCGUUUUGAUAUAUAUACUGCGAUCUCUAUAUGGGGGCAAAUUAUGUACCUGGUAUUGUAUAUAGUAUCUUUAAUUAGAUUUAAGUUCAUUUACGAGUUUAUAUCGACCGCAGUCGACUAAAUACUAUUACGAUUUUUAAUAAACUUUUCGAAUUA